UCUCGUCAAACACAGGUGUUUGUCGGCUUACACGGAAGUAGAGCCAAUGAAAUUGGUACAGGUGCGAAAGUAACCUGAUCAAACGCAGAUAUUUGAGCAAUUAUUACACACUUUUGCUUAUUUUAUUUUUCUCCCUGGAGUUUGGACGGAAGACGGUGGAAGUCCGUUAUUAGGCCUACCGAGGACUGUAAUUCUCUCUGGCAGAAAUGUUCAAGCUUGUGUUUGGAAGGCUAACGCUGGGGCUGCUGCUGUGUGCGACAGGAGCUCUGGCCUUUACUGCCAGCACGAGCACUCCAACGGUGAAAGUCAAGGAGAACGAGGGUGCGGAUCUGAAGUGCUCCCACAGCGCAGACUUUGGGGCAGACGCCCGAGUGGAGUGGAAGUUCCAGGACGCCAAAGCCACGCAGACCUCUCUGGUCAUCUACGAUGGACAGGCAACAGCUAACUUUGCGGGCCGUGUGACCCAGUACUCCGGGGGUCUGCGCUUCAACAAGGUGACCAGGAAGGACACGGGCCUGUACAUCUGCUCUGUGGCCGGCAAUGGCUACUCCGCCGACGCCAAGAUCACCCUCACCGUGCUGGUGGCCCCGUCUAAGCCGAUGUGCCGUAUCCCCGCGUCGGUGAAGAUGGGCACCAACGUCAAGCUGACGUGCAGCGACAGCCAGGCCUCCCCGCCGCCCACCUACAGCUGGUACAAGAACAACGCCCCCCUGCCCCAGGACCCCAGCAAGUUCCCCGACUACCGCAACAUGACCUACAAGCUCAACCCCGCCACCGGCACACUGGUCUUUCCCCGUGUGUCCCAGAUCGAUCAGGGAGAGUACUUCUGUGAGUCCACCAACACAGCUGGACCUCCCCAGCGAUCCGUGGCCACCAAGAUGGCUGUCUAUGGAGUAAACACUGGAGGUAUUGUUGCCGGGGUGAUAAUCCUUCUGAUCCUCAUUGUGUUGCUCAUCGUUGGACUGUGGUUCGCCCAUCGCAAAGGCUACCUCACGAGUGAGUUCUGUGUGUGUGUGUGUGUGUGUUUCUCCGUGGUUCGCCCAUCGCAAAGGCUACCUCACAAAGGUGAAGGAGAGAGUGUCUGGAAGCAGCAGCAGCAGCAGACAGCAGAACUCUGCAGUGUACCGGCCCACGUCAGACUACGGGGACGACGAAGAGGCGGAGUUUAAGCAGAAGUCCUCCUUUGUGGUGUAGGAACACCAUGUGCCCUUCAGUGACCGUAAGCCAUAUGUCACGGACCGACCCAGGGAUACACGACACACAGCGAUUUAUCACGGACUGAUGCACGGAUGCUCGGAUGCAACGACUCUGGAGUCAUACUUGAGUAGAGUAGAGUAGAGUAGAGUUUCAAUGCCCCAGGGGGUCAAUUUAGCUCACAAAGGGUCAAAAUAGCCUUAAAAUCAGAGUGAGAUCAGGCUCAUAUCAGGGUGAGUUUAAGCUCAUAUCAGGCUCAUAUCAUGGUAAUAUCAGGGUAAGAUUAGGCUCAUAUCAGGGUGAGUUUAGGCUCAUAUCAGGCUCAUAUCAUGGUAAUAUCAGGGUGAGAUUAGGCUCAUAUCAUGGUAAAAUCAGGGCCAGUGCUAUACCAGAUCAAGGACAUGUGAGUGAGUGAACUUCAGAGUCAGCUAUUGUUUUUAUCUGUUUUUAUAUAGAUACUGUUCAUAGGUACUGUUUUUUAAAUUAUAAAAUGAUAGAAACCUUUGCACUGAUAUGUCUUGUCUCCUAUGAAACUCCGCCAUAUUUUAACAGUGAUUUGGUAUGCAAUGCUGUGGCCUUUUAAAAUAUAUUUUAAGCUAUGCUGUUUUUUUUUUAAAUAUAUAUUUCUUGUUUUUAUAUAUUUGGUAGAGACUCAGAUCAUUUGUCCUAUACAUGCCAACAUCAAGGCUGCAGUCAGGGAUUGUACACAAUUUCAAGCCCUUAACAUUGUUUUUUAUCACAUGCUCAUUGUGUAAGUGCACAGUUGUAAAAGACAAAAACAAAAGAAAAGAUCAUUUAUUUGAGAUGGAGUCAGCAAUUGUACACUCUUUUCUAGACCAUACUAAGGUUGUCACAUUCAGAGAACGUCUCUUUACGAUGUGGUUACUGCCCAUUCUGUGACAAUACUGCAAAAAAAAAACAGUCUCUGAAACUGAAAACCGAUAAAGUGGGGGCCGCCUGUCCUCCAAACAAAAUCUUAAACCCUAUGAGCGACCUCUCUGCUGUGUUUCGUUAGGGCCUUGGUUAGAAUAUAAUGUAAGUUUUAAGUUUUAACAAAAGCGUCUGCUUAUUAUUCUAAAUCUAAAAAAGACUUCCUGCACAAUCGCUGACUUUAAACUUUCUAAAUACGGGAGAUUUCUGAUGGACCGAAAUAGCCCGCUUGAUUGUGAGAGAAUAGCUGUUACAUAGUAGCAUUUGCUAAGUAGCUUGCCCAUCAUUGGAGGGUAUUUGCUAAGUAGCUUGCCCAUUACUAGUAGCAUUUGCUAAGUAGCUUGCCCAUGACUUGUAACAUUUGCUAAGUAGCUGCCCAUCACUGGUAGCUGUGCAGAUUCUCCCAGACUCAGGAUUUGGGUUGCCAGGUUUUAUGACCAAUGAGUCAAAAUGGUAUGUGACUGUGUGAUUUGCUGGAUAUAUUUCAUACACAAUCUGUGUAUGAGCAACUUGGGUCAGAUAAAUUAUGGGAGUUUUCCGGGAUAAAUAACAACCGCCAGGUGUGUUGCCAGGUAUGGAGUUGUCCCAUGUGUGUUGCCAGGUAUGGAGUUGUCCCAUAUUUGCUCGGAAAUGGGGGAAUAGGGGUGGUAAUGGGGCUUUAAAUGAUGGCCAAAGCACAAUAUUUCAAAGACAAAAUGAAGAUAAUUUAAUAACCAAGAAUAAGAAAGAACUAUUUAUAAUUUAAAUUUAUAUUAAUUUGAUAAAUGAUCUGUGGUAACAUCACCGCUUUACACAAGGACUUUGCCUUGUUAUUGAAGUAGCUUAACUAGGUCCGUCGUGCACCGCCUUCGCCAUGAGUAUACUGCAGCACACUCAGCUUUCGACUAACUGAUAUACCAAAUGUUUUAAUACAACCCUGCACACAACCGCUGAAUCCUUUCGCCACCCCCUGCAGAUUGUGAUGCAGUUCUAACUCCAUGGUUUAUCAAAUACUGUUGAACAUUCCGGUGUCUCUCCCGAGAGAAAAUGUCAACUCGCUUACGUCGUCAUCAUCACCCAUGUGCAGAAUUUAGACGUUAGACUUUCCACUUUGUCCUCCAUAGCCAACACACACACACACACACACACACACACACUCUCUCGCUCCUCCAGUCUAUCCUCUACAUUGUGACAUUGAGUUGUGUUUUUUUAAGAAAUAACUUUUGAUGAUCUGUUGCUGUGCGUGUGUGUGUGUACAGGACAAAGGUAGUCAUAUCCACUGGUGACUAUUUAUAGUGAAGCUUUGUAAUAUAUUGCAGCAUUUUAAACAUCUGUUGUUGUUGUUGUUGUUGUUGUUGUUUUUACAGUCUAAUAAACUUUGCAACAUAGUU